AUAAUCUGUGUGAAAUAUUCGAUCACUUGUCACUUUGACAGGAGACUAAUGUUUCUCUUUUUCUGUCAACUGUUGUGUUAGGCAGGUUAUUCCACAAUGGCAAAGCGUACAAAAAAGGUUGGAAUUACUGGCAAAUAUGGCACACGUUAUGGUGCUUCCUUGCGUAAAAUGGUCAAAAAGAUGGAAGUUACUCAGCACGCCAAAUAUACUUGCUCCUUCUGUGGAAAGGAUGCCAUGAAGCGCAGCUGUGUGGGUAUCUGGUCAUGCAAGCGUUGUAAGAGAACUGUAGCUGGCGGUGCCUGGGUUUUCUCUACCACUGCUGCUUCAUCAUGCAGGUCUGCAGUAAGAAGAUUGCGCGAAGUGAAGUAAAAAUUUAGAAUAAGCGAUUAAACAAAAAAUAUCAUU